AAGUCUUUCUGACCACUGCCCAAGGAAUCUCUCUGGACCCCAGCAGGUUGUUCAGUGGGGCAAAUGGGAAAUGAAGCCAGAAUGAGUCCAAAAUCACUGUGUGUAUUUUGCUGCUGACUCACGACGCCGCCACCACCAUUUUUCUCCUCCCCAACACCCAUUCUGGCUUCCCCUUUUUUUAUUUAUCUCUUUUCUUCCCUUCCAUUUCCCAUCUUAGAGUACAGCUGAGUAGUUUCCCCUUUUCUCAAACUAGUUUUGCUCCUGGAAUGAUCUUUGCUCUGGCCAGAAUAUAAAGGGAGGCUGCACCCAAGAGAAGUUUUCUCAGAGCCAGGAGGGGAAACCAGGAGGUUUUUGUGACUGCACAGGCUCAGUGAGCUCUGGGAGCUGUUCAGCUGCUUGGAAGGAGGUUCCUUGAGCUUUGGUGACUUCUGUUUUCUCAGAAUUUCUCCCCAGCUGUGGCAGCGGCGCUGGCACCACUCUCAGCUGCUGCUGGGACCUCACUUUGUGUGAGGUGUGACCGUCCCACGGGUGAUUUGCCAGCACGUGGCAGAUGUGCUCCUGUGUCUGAAGGACACUUUUCCAUUCUCACCCCUGGCUUUUCCACCACGCUCCGGGAGGCUGAGUCUGCUCGUUUGUUUUCCGGGCGUCGUUUCCCAGCCAGGACAGCGCCGCUCACUGACACUCCUCACCCCCGCCAUGCUGGAGGAGGACAACGACGAGACCUGCUGGAACAACCUGGAGAACUUCCGAGUGAAGCUGAUCUCCGUCAUCGACCCCUCCCGCAUCACCCCCUACCUCCGGCAGUGCAAAGUGCUCAGCCCUGACGAUGAGGAGCAGGUCCUCAACGACCCCAGCCUGGUCAUGCGCAAGCGGAAGGCAGGAGUUCUUCUGGACAUUCUUCAGCGAACAGGACACAAGGGCUUUGAGGCCUUCAUGGAGAGUCUUGAGCUUUAUUAUCCACAGCUGUAUAAGAAAAUCACUGGCAAGGAGCCCAGCAGGGUUUUCUCUAUGAUUAUAGACACCGCUGGGGAAGCAGGCCUGAGCCAGCUGCUGAUGAACGAGAUCAUGAAGUUGCAGAGCGCGGUGCAGGAGGAGCGGCGCAGGGCCCAGGAGCUGACAGUGUGGCUGCACAGCAAGGAGGACACCAUCAGGGAGAUGUGGGUGAGGGACAGCCUGCUCCGAAAGCACCAGGAGCGGGCCCAGAGGAUGAAGGAGGAGAGGGACAGCCUGAGCAGGGAGCUGAGGAAGUGCAAGGACGAGAACUACAACCUGGCCUUGAGCUUCGCCAAGCAGAGCGAGGAGAAGAGUGCAGCCCUCAUGAAGAACAGGGACCUGAUCCUGGAGAUUGACCACUUGAAGCACAGCCUCAUGAAGGCUGAGGACGACUGCAAGCUGGAGAGAAAGCACACCAUGAAGCUCAAACACGCCAUAGAGCAGCGCCCCAGCCACGAGGUGGUGUGGGAGAUCCAGCAGGAGAAGGAGCUGCUGUUGGCCAAGAACCAGGAGCUGGAGAACACCCUCCAGCAGGUUGCCAGGGAACAGAAUUUGGAGAAGAACCUCUCCAAGGAGGCUCUGGAGGGUGACUGCAGGCAGAUCCUGGAGGAACGGCGGGAGCUGGUGAACACCAUUUACAGCCUGCGCAAGGAGCUGCGCCGAGCCAGGGCGCUCCAGGACAAACAGUAUGCAGAGGAAAAAGAGAUGCUUGAACUGCAGUGCACGUCCCUGAGGAAGGACUCCCAGAUGUAUAAGAAACGGAUUGAAGCCGUUCUGCAGCAGAUGGAGGAAGUGGCCGCAGAAAGAGACCAGGCUCUCCUGACCCGGGAGCAGUUCCACCUGCAGUACUCCAAGAACCUGGUGGAGAGGGACACUCACCGCAAGCAGAUCCGGGAGCUGGGGGAGAGAUGUGAUGAGAUGCAGCUGCAGCUCUUCCAGAAGGAGAGCCAGCUGCUGGCCACUGAGGCCAAGCUGAAAAGGUUGCAACUGGAGCUGCCCACCCCGACCUCUGACCUGGAUGACACGUCCUCCAGAGAUUCCCAGGAACUCACCCUUCACAGUCACCUGGAUGAAGAUGCACAGCCCACUAAAAAAGAUUGCCCUGAAGGACCAAACCAGCAGCUCAGCCCUGGAGAGGACAAUCUGCCCCCAAAGUCACCCAGUGAGUGUGGCUUGGCCAACGAGGAACUGGCAGAAAAGGAGAGGAAGAGGAUGAAGGAUUGCUUUGAGCGCUACCGAAGGUUUGUGUUGCAAAAAAGAGCCAUGAGGAGGGUGCCAAGGGACCGGCACCACGAGGCUGACUGGGAGAACACCACGGGCAGCGACAACACCGACACCGAGGGCUGCUGAGAGGGGGACAAUGGGGGCACUGCGGGCUCGGGAAUGAGGGACAACGGGGACACCAUCAGCUCCUGAGAGAGGGACAACACUGGCACUGAGAGCUCCUGAGGGCAGGAGCCAACCUGCGAGGAAAACACAGCCUGUGCUGGGGUGGCUGAGCCUCUUUCAUGGACUA